AUGCCCUACCUCCUGGAUGACUUUGAACUCGGAAUUUUGGUUGGCGUUCUCAACCAGCCUUCAGCGCAAACAUCACCAGACCCUUGCAUCUCAGCCUUGCUAGGAAAACUUGAACAUGCAUGGCACAGUUCCCAGAUGCCGUUCGCAUCGACGUCCAAACUUUUUUGGAACAAACAUCUUGACGCCGACAAUGUGGCGAAUCUUGACGCCGACAAUGCUGCGAAUCUUGACGCCGACCAGGCGUCUAUUCUUGUUGCUCGUCAUCAUGGCACUUACUCGGACUCGGACGUCGACGACAAUCUCUCAGAUUCUGACAAUCCAAAUACAGGGUUUCAGACACUACAAAAGAAACGACGCCACAGUGUUAGUCCACAAGGGGUAAACCAGAGAGGCAUCUACUUCACCCAGGAGGAAAGGCUGGAGGGGGGGAUGGAAUUGGCGGGGGACGGGUUAGGUUUAUGGAUGGAGGAGAUGGGGGGGCAUGGUCUUGGGAUAGAUCCGGGGCGGAUGGAGAAUGAGGCAGAUCUCCAGGAUGACGGACAAGAUCGCGGGCGAUCCAGGAUCAUCGCCCCCCGCGGUAAUGGUCUCUGUGGCGCGGAACGAGCUGCAAAGCGCCGCAGGCUCGCCCACGUCAACGAAAACAUCAUCAACGGAAACGCCGUCAAUGAAAACGUCGUCAAUGGACACUCCGUCAACGAAACCAUCGCCAGCGGAAGCUCCGUCAACACUGCUGGCGGAAACCACGACGUCGCUCACGAAAACAUUGCCAGCACUGUCAACGGAAACGCGAUCAACGCCAACGUGUCCGCGAAUGCUCCUCGUGUCCAUGCUCGGGCUCGUACUCCCUGUCGGCGAGGAGGGCAAGCACCUCCACAAUUUCUAUCUGGUGCUCGCCGUCCUGUACAACUUGCACAUGCGGAACGCCUCAUGUCCUCCAUCGUGAAUGCCAGCCAGAAUCUGGAAUCUGUGAACGGCCAGUCCAGGGCAGCCAUGGACGCCUUUAUCAGAGGUACCCCUUGGGGGAGGGGGACAGACGCAUUUCAAACCGACAGCCUCUACUCCUUGGCGCAACGUUGCUCUCAGGCCGAAGAAGUUGAGAAAGGGGUUCAUUUUAUCAGCAUGAUCAACACCAUACAAUUUCGUAUGAAGAUAGAGGAUAUGCGUGUCGCACAUAAAUACAAGAAUAACCGGGAUGUUUUACGAGACUUCCUUUCUGACUUCAAAAGUGUAACUUUGGAUACCAAGCAGAAGUGGGCAACUCAAGGCAGCAAAUUUGCUGGUCUUGCAAGAGCUGCGAUAGCAGGAAAGAAGACUUUGGUGACUGAAAUGUCAGGAGAAGUUCUUGGACGCCUUUGCAUGGCUAUUCGAAACCCAGACACAAAUACUCCCUUUGGCCGUCAAAUGGUCAGCGAUGUCAUCCCUGCUAUAGAUGAACUUCGUAGACAGUUUCCUGUAUCUUUCUCCACGAUGUUUUCAGCGGGCGCACUGAAAACAUUAUCAUUGCCUGCUCAAAUUAAGUGCCAUGACCUUAAUGAGUCGGAUCGCUUCUUUGAUUGUCUUCCCCUCAACACCUUCACCUCAGAAAGAUGUCAUGGAUCUUGGCAACCUUGUCUGGUUCCUCUUUCCUCCCAGCCAGCCUCUCUCCUACCCCUGCACAUUAUGAACAGGACUCUCCUUAAUGUGGGUUCUACUUCCACUGCAUAUUCUGACAGCAGGCCCCCCUCUCCUUGUACAGACAAAGAAGAUGUCAGUGAUGACGACGGUGCCGACAGUGCAGUUCCCUCCUCAGAAAAGGAGUUUCCCUUGGUGAUCAUUAACACUAAUUACAAUCGUUCCCACCAAGACAAUAAAAAGUUUCCUUUAAAACGACAUUACACUGACAAGUCUCAGGCUCGGAAGGCAGGAUUUAUUUGGACGGAGCAAGACAGGAAGAAGGCCAUAAGUGCCAUUAUUCCAAAGGAUAUGGCGUCAUUUCAGAAGCAGGUAAAACAGGUCCUACAGUCAGGCGUCAGAAACGCCAGAUCAAAGUAUACGAAAUAUGCCACUAGCGGUCACGAACCUCAGAGAGUCCGAAUCAACUGCAAGGAUGGAAGAAACCUUGCCUUUAUUGAUAGCACUCUGGAUCAACGUCUACGUGAUCAACUACUCGACAAGUUCAUGGCUCUAUUUCCGGAUGGUCUGAAACACACUGACACUGAAGAGGAGGGGAUUGGCAAUACAUUUCCCUCAAUUCAUUUUGUAUGGUACAAUCGGUAUGCUACUAGGGGAGAUGGGGCGCCAAAAGAUGUCCACCCCGAUGAGCUCUAUAACGGUCAAGGAAGUCGCCUGAAUACUGCCCAGUUUUUGCCAAGGCUCUCAAAAGAAGCUCAUGAAAAUAUGCAGAAAUAUCAUGAACUUGAAGAAGCAUUCCAGGAAAUUUGGCAAUAUCAGCGUUCUGUGGUAGAAAAGUACUUACCUGAGGAGUAUGAAGCCCUUAGGAUCUCUGUCGACCUUCUCCCUUCCAAUGACAUGAGCCCAACAUACCCCUUUGGUGGUGUUGUUCUCAACUUCAACGUAUCGACUCUUGUUCACCGAGACUGGAAGGACCUGAAUGUUUGCCUUGUCAUGCCCAUCAGUGCCUGUCAAGGGGGGGCACUGGUUCUCCAUGAACUUGGGAUCGUUGUGGAAUGCCAGAGUGGAGACAUGAAACAAACUAGAUGUUUCUACAUCUCGCCUCAACUCAGCGCCGUUCUUGACCCACACUAUCACCACACUAUCACCACCGCUUUUCCUGUUUCUCCUUUCUACUCUGUAAUGUCCCUUGUACCACCAAUUGCGAAGGCAUACGUCCUGGCCACUGCUAGGUGUACAGAGCGUCAGAACCCAGGAUUUGCAAGGAAGAUAGAAUCAGCUGGAGAGGCGAGCUCUCUCCUACAGGACGCCUCUGAACAAGAAUCAUUACGCCGUGACAUCCAAGCAUGUCUCCUUGUCGAACUUCAAAGGCUUCAACAAAAGAUUCUUAUUGCCCACCAGGAUGUCCUUAACGCAGAACUGUACUGUGGUGAAGUGCGCUACUGGGUUAGGAAAAGUGGAUUUAUCCUCCCAUCCUCAGAUUUCCAGGCGGCAAGGGACAAUCUAAUUGUGCAAGUCAAGGGAUCUCUACACCUCUCCUCUACUCGCGCUAUCUUCAAUUUGUGCCUGCACGACCACUUGGUAUCUGAGGACCAACACGGAACACCUCCGCAACAUUUGACCCAAAAUGGACUUGCGGGAGGGCUUCCCGUUGACCUGUAUAUCUCCUCCCAAAAGGAUCAAAACUUGGUUGACUUUUACCCAUCACUGUCUGCCUUUCCUGAAAACCAAAGCCUCGCUGGCAAGAAAAGUAAGGCGACUUUGGUCAACCUAAAGACCAGUCGAGGAAGCAAAGCCAAGGCUCUCGCAUCUUCAACUGUUGCUAAUGGUCGCCCUGUCCGUUCAACUGCUGGAAAGGGCGGUGCUAUACACCAACUGACUAUGGCAGCAAACAUCGUCGGCGCUGGCUUAGAAAGAUCUCUGCAAAAAACUGAAACCAAAAAGCAUUCCAGAGACGAGCUUGACAAUGCUCCCCACAACAUGGCUGAAAAUCAUAUGGCGCCUUUGCCAAAGGCAAAACGUAGAAAAGCGGGACAAGUUGAUGCACCGGUCCCUUGUGCUAUUGAUCCUCCUUUGAAACCAGCAGCACCCCUACCUCGAAGUCAUUUACCUGAUUGGUGCUGGAACCUCAAGAUCGUCUGGUCUGUACUUUCCAAGGACCUCAAUAUCCUACCAGUUCACCUCCUUUUCAGCCAGGAGGUAUAUACGCACCACAAGGUCUUCCUCAAAGUUUUCCAGGGCGUCAACCUCAGGUCUUCCAUGGACGCUCUCGCAAAACGCCAAGGCCCUCAGAUAGCUCUUCAGCGUACUAAGAACCCUACCUACCAGACAGCACAGAUACACGACAAUAUCAUGGUAAACAGCAACAAAACCAACGAUGAACAGGAUAUGGAUGUGGACAACGCCUUUGAAAAGAACACCAGCUACAAGGACAGCAACGAAAACAUUAGCAGUGAGGAUAAUAGUAGUGACGACGGUACUGAUGAUUGCUAUGACAAGGAUGGCAAUGAGGAGGAUGAUGAAGAUGAGGAGGAGGAUGAAGACAACAACAUCGACGACAAUAAUCUGCGCCCUACAACAGAAAGUAUAACACUUCCACGUAUGGCUGCUGAUGACUUUCAGGAUAACACCUAUGGUGGUCAGCAUGAUCACUACGAUGACGAAUUUCAGCAAGAAGAUGAGCAAGAAGACACUGAUGUUGAUCAUGUCGACGACAAAUUUCAGCAAGAAGACGCUGAUGUCAAUUAUGUCGACCAGCAAGAAGACGCUGAUGUUGAUCAUGUCGACGACGAAUUUCAGCAAGAAGAUGAGCAAGAAGACGCUGAUGUCAAUUAUGUCGACCAGCAAGAAGACGCUGAUGUUGAUCAUGUCGACCAGCAACAAUCAUUAGAAGCUCAUGAAAUUGAUGAACAGUCACCUUCAGAAGAUGAACGCCAGGCAGAUGCUGUCUUGCACGCACCUCGUUCUUGUACCCCAUAUGAUAAGAACAAAGACAUCUCGUUUGAAGGCAACCAUCAGCCUACCUUUAACAUAGAGGGGGAAGAGCCUCAUGGUCUGGAGGAUCAAGAUAGUCACAAAGUACCUCUCAUACAAGACGUUUUGACGGCGCAUCACAAGAAAAACCGUUCUAACCGCCCUCCAAAACGCAGCCAUUUGGUGGCAGCUGCAAAUCACCACCGCCAGGUCCAAGGUAUUUAUAAUAACCAUAGCGAGCGUGGCAAGCGCAUCGAGCGCCAGGAUCCCCAGGUGGCAUGCCAUACUGAAGAGCCUGAAACCAUUCAAAGUGCUGGAGAUCCAGUAACCUUUCAAGGUACUUACAUUUCUGACGCUAUCUCAGGUAGCUCAGUUUCUGACGUUUCCCAUGCCCUUCAAAUCACUGAAGUACCUGAAACCACUGAAGACCCUCAAGUUCCUGUGACUGUUGCUACUAGAGCACCUCGUAACUCGUUAAAAUCAAAAGGAAACCACGACCCAACUAUUUUGAGCUUCUACCCCUCGGUAUGGCAAGUCGUGAUCAAAAGAGCUAAGAUCAAAUACCAGAAGCACGUUGCUUUGAUACAUAGCUUUCCCUCCAAAGCUAUUGAUGCAGACUUUAAAGUCGCAAAAGCCAUUCUAUCAGAGGAGAUUGCUCAAGGAAAAAAUGAGGGGCUUCUCUUUGAAUCUGGCUUCAGUUUUAGCGAUGACAUGGCUAGCGUCGUUUUUGAAGAGGGCAGCACCUUUCGUGGAAGGUUGAAGACUAUGGGUCGUACCAGUGUUCUUCGAUUCUAUUCUAAGGAUCUGGAUCCCUUGGUUGAGAAUCAAGGACAGCUUGAAAGCGAUAUUGUGGCCAAUGCCAAUAGACUUUUAUCUAUCAGAGAUUCAGAGUACCUAAAAGGUGGCAAGGAUGCCAAUGGGAAAACAAACAAUUUCUCACAUCCUUGCAUUCGUGCUCUAUGCAUUGAGUUCUUCUAUACUGGGAACGACUGUCUGGCUCACCAUUUCCCUGAUAAUUUCAAAGACAGCGUCCCAGAACUCUGUAUGGUGCUUGUCAUGACCUGCAUCACGAAUUGUAUUCAUGAAUUCCAACGGUUUUGCUCUGGAGAGAGGGCCAAGAUCCAAUUUUCUGGUACCGCGUAUCAACCUACUGUCAACGCGUUACUCAGACACAUGGAGGACAUCAAAGCCAACCCAUAUCAUGCCCAGAAAUUGCUUAGUAACCGACAACGAUGGGCCCAAGAUGGGAUUGCUUUGGUCAUUGCUUAA